GGGACUUCUCUGAACCUGGAUGUGCAGCAACUUAGGAUCUGGAGAAGCUUCAUUCAGUUUCUCAUCUCUGUGACUCACAGCUGCUGAGGAUGGACACUCGGAUCUUCACCCUGCACGUCCUGACGCUGUGCUGCCUCAUCCACGCCUCUCUGCAGGGUGUCUAUCAGCGGCGUCUCUACAAGGAGCUGAUGAGAAACUAUAACCCGUUAGAGCGACCAGUCAACAACGACUCCCACAGCCUGACAGUGCACUUCAGCUUCAGCCUGCUGCAGAUCAUGGACGUGGAUGAGAAGAACCAAGUACUGACAACGAACAUCUGGCUGCAGCUGUACUGGACAGAUUACUACCUGCAGUGGAACAUGUCAGACUAUCCAGGUGUGACCAACGUCAGGUUCCCCGACAGCCAGAUCUGGAGGCCGGACAUCCUCCUGUACAACAGCGCUGAUGAAAGGUUCGAUGCCUCCUUCCACACAAACAUCCUGGUCAACUCCACUGGCUACUGUCAAUACCUGCCACCAGGAAUAUUUAAGAGCACCUGUUAUAUCGACGUCCGCUGGUUUCCGUUCGACGUGCAGCGCUGCGACCUGAAGUUCGGCUCGUGGACAUAUGGCGGCUGGUCUCUGGACCUGCAGAUGAUCGAGGCUGACAUCACCGGAUACAUCGCCAACGGAGAGUGGGACCUCGUGGAGGUUCCCGGACGGAGGAACGAGCGUUUCUACGACUGCUGUAAGGAGCCGUACCCUGACGUGACCUUCACCGUGGUGAUGAGGAGGAGGACGCUCUACUACGGACUCAACCUCCUCAUCCCCUGUGUCCUCAUCUCCACCCUCGCUCUCCUCGUCUUCCUGCUGCCGGCCGACUCUGGAGAGAAGAUCUCCCUGGGUAUCACAGUGCUGUUGUCUCUGACUGUCUUCAUGCUGCUCGUAGCUGAGAUCAUGCCGGCAACGUCCGACUCUGUUCCUCUGAUAGCUCAGUACUUCGCGACCACCAUGGUGAUUGUGGGUCUGUCGGUCAUCGCUACAGUUCUGGUUCUGCAGUAUCAUCACCACGACCCUGAUGGAGGACACAUGCCACAGUGGACCCGUGUGAUUUUGUUGAACUGGUGCGCCUGGUUCCUCAGGAUGCGGCGUCCAGGUGAGACGAAGGUCCGUCUGGCGUGUCACAACGCCACCAAGCGUCGGCGCGGCAGCCUGUCCAGCUUGGAGCUCAGUGUCAGCCAGGGGUCACUGCGACAUCACCCACAGGUAACCAACGGCAACCUCCUCUAUGUCGGCUUCCGUGGUGUGGAGGGGUUGCACUACGCCUCGCCCACGGAACCUGAGCUCCUCUGUUCACGGCUGGUGGGAGGCGGCGUUGGUGGGGAGGAGGAUGUGCUGAGAGGAGGUGGGGCCGGAGGAAGAGGAGCCAUAGGAGGAGGAGCAGUGGGAGGCUCGAUGCUGGAGGCAGAGCUGAACCAGAUCCUGGAGGAGGUGAGAUAUAUAGCCAGCCGUUUCCGUGGGCAGGACGAGGAGGAGACCGUCUGCAGCGAGUGGAAGUUUGCUGCGGCGGUGAUUGACCGCUUGUGUCUGGUGGCGUUCUCGCUCUUCACCAUCCUCUGCACCAUCGGCAUCCUCAUGUCAGCUCCCAACUUCGUGGAGGCCAUUUCCAAAGACUUCUUCAGCUGA